CCUAUCCGUCAGUGUGUGACAGUAAGUAAUGGUAAUGUUUUGUUUUUCUUUCAAAUCAACAACGACAACAAAACAGAAAAAAGACUUUAGUAAAUAAAUAUUACGCAGAAAAAUGUCGUUAGUUCCCGCAUACGCCUCAAGUUCAGAUGAUGAUGAUGAUGACACCACGAAUUCUUCAGAUAACGAUGAUGAGACGGUGAAUGAAACAAUCCAACAACCUACAAAAGAAUCAAUUCCUCUUCCAAGUGCUUCUUUUCUAUUGUCUGGAAAAUCUAAAGGAGCGACAGAUGGCCAUGUCUUUAACAAUCCAUAUAAAGAUGCAGAGAACGCUAAAAUUGCAAGUCUUGAAAAGCAUGUAAAAAUGGUUGCCACAGAGGAACACAUUCAAGUGAAGAACGGAAAGAAAAUAUGCUGGAACUAUCGGAAAGGACGUUGUCGGUUUGGAAGCAAUUGCACGUUUGCACACGAUGAAGUCGAGUUACCCAGUACACCAGCAGAAACGACACAAGAAAUGACUGAAGAAAACCGGCCUAAUUUUUCGCAACCACCGAAUGUUAAGAAAAAGAAACGGCCUGGCCUCGGUAAUUCGAUAGUGCCGAGUAAGAAAGUUAUGAAGCAUUACCACCAAACCAAAUCUUCCAAAUGAUUCCAUUUUGUACGAUUAAGAUAAGAGCACUUGGCGAAACAAUUGAUUUACAAUUACAAUUAAGAUACGACGGCCAGUUAUAAAUGUAAAAAUAAAGCGAAACCGUUAAAA